AUGGCUACCCCCAGUGUUCUUGUUUUUGACGCUGAGGGUCGAGCCAUUGACUUUGAGGUUUGGGUAGAUGACCUGCAGCUUUUCCUACAAUGCGAUAGGGCAGACGGUCUCUCCCUCUUUGACCUCACCUCUGGCUCCUCUCUUGCCCCUGCUGCUGAUGCUGACCCCACUGUUUGCUCCCAGUGGGCCACGCGCGAUGCUGCUGCACGUCUUGUUGUGCGUCGCCACCUGCCUACCACUGAGCGCGCGCACUUUAGUCAGUACAAGAGUGCUCAGACCUUGUACGACGCUGUAGUUGCGCGCUACUCUUCCCCUGCCACUGCUGCACUGAGCCGCCUCAUGCUACCGUACCUCUUUCCUGACCUUGCUGCCUUUCCCAUAGACGCUGACCUCAUUACGCACCUCCGCACUAGUGACACUCGCUACCGCGCCGCGCUUCCUGCUGAGGACCACUUCCUCUCACUCUGUCCCACCACUCUCACUGUUGACCUUGUAGAGAAGGCCCUCCUAGCAGCGGAGAAGAGCAUAGUCGAUGUAGGAGCCUCUCGUGGUGACCCUCGCACCCCCAUCUUUGAGAGGUGUUCCCCUUCCCCCCUGUUGCCCUCUGUCGCCUCUGCUGCUGCGGCCGACCUCGUUGGUCUUGAGUCGGUCGGUGCGGCGUCAGCCCCUAGCGGGAGACGCCGCUCUGGCAAGGGCAAGGGGGGCAACGGCGCGGGUGGAGCUAGCGGGGGUGGUGGAGGUGGCGGUGGAGGCGGCGGAGGGAGUGGGGGUGGCGGUGGGAGUGGUGGCGGGGGUGGAGGUGGCAGUGGCAGCAGCGGAGGCGGAGGCGGCGUAGGCGGCAGCGGUGGGAGCGGAGGCGGCGGUGGUGGCGGAGGUGGAGGCGGCGGUGGUGGAGGAGGUGGAGAUGGUCGGGGUGGUGCUUCGCAGCGGAGCGGCUCCGGUGGUGGCGUAGCUAUCUAUGAUCUUGACUUUGAUGCUAUCCUUGCUGCCAUGUAUGCUGUGACUAUUAGUGAUGAGGGUGACUGUUACCGGUGUUUCCCGCCCGAGCCGGGCAUUGGUACUGCUGCUCUAGGUGCUGGUGAGGCUGCUGCUCUAGGUGCCAGUGCGUCUGCGCCCUCAGGUGCUGGUGAGUCUGCGCUCUUAGACCGCACCACACUCACGCUGCUUGGUCGGCCGGUUGCAGUCUCCCUGGCAGACCCCUUUGGGGGUCCUUUCCUCCUGUGUCCGGCUGCCCCCUCUGGCACCUUGUCUGGUCUUUACCUCCCCUCGUUCUCUACGAACUUGGUGAGUGGUGCUGACCUGCAGGAUACGGGGGUUCACCAGUUUACUCCUGCGAGUCAGCGGGUGACCCACUGCUCGGACGCUCGCACAGGCCGGCACCAGGCCACGUUUACGCGUCGGCCGGGGUCGAGCCUCUACACCCUGACCAUUGGGUCUCCUCCUGUCCCUGCGUCUAGCCAGGUAGCUGCGUCGGGUCAGGUGUUUGCUGCAGCGUCCAGGUCUGGUCCUGAGUCUGCCCCCUACUCGUGUCGCCUCCUGUCUCACGAGACUCUCCUCUGGCACCACCGUCUUGGUCACCCCUCCCUGCCUCGUCUCCGAGGCAUGGCUUCCCGUGUCCUUGUCUCUGGUCUCCCUUGGUCCCUCCCUCCCCUUCCUCUAGGGCCUGGUCCUUCCUGUGUUCCCUGUGUCGAGGGGCGGCUCCGGGCUGCCCCUCACUCCUCUCAGUUUCCCCCGACAGAGGCCCCGCUGCAGACGCUUCACAUGGACGUGUGGGGCCCGGCCCGCGUCCGUGGACAGGGUCACGAGCGCUACUUCCUGCUGGUGGUUGACGACUACUCGCGUUACACCUCAGUCUUCCCCUUGCGCAGCAAGGGUGAUGUCACGGAGGUGUUGAUCGACUGGAUCCGCGCAGCUCGUCUCCAGCUCAGGAGGAGCUUCGGCUCGGACUUUCCUGUUCUGCGUCUGCACUCUGACCGAGGCGGAGAGUACUCCUCUGGCCUUUUGCAAGCCUACUGCCAUGCGCAAGGCAUCUGCCAGACCUUUACGCUUAUGGACUCUCCACAGCAAAAUGGGAUUGCUGAGCGCCGCAUUGGCAUGGUCAUGGACGUCGCUCGUACGUCCAUGAUGCAUGCGGCUACCCCCCAUUUUCUGUGGCCGUUUGCGGUUUGGUACGCGGCGCAUCAGAUCAACCUUCACCCCAUGGUCUCCAUGCCGGAGACCUCCCCAGCUCUGCUGUGGACGGGGAAGGUAGGCGAUACGUCUGCGUUCCGUGUCUGGGGAUGUCGGGCGUUUGUCUGCGACUUGUCUGCGGACAAACUGUCCCCUCGUGCUGCUCCUUGUGUCUUCCUUGGCUUCCCCACUGACGCACCAGGGUGGCAGUUCUACCAACCCUCCACUCGUUGUCUUCUGUCCUCCGAGGACGUCACAUUUGACGAGUCGGUCCCCUACUACCGUCUCUUCCCCUACCGCACUCCUUCCCUCCCCCCGCCGCCGCACUUCCUUGUGCAAGGUCCCCCCCAGGUAGACCCCCUCCCCCCUCAUGGUCCUGCCCCUUCAGGUGUGUCCCAGGUAGACGCAGUCGAGCCGGUCGAGGUUGCUGGUGACUCUGAUACUGCUGCGGGUGCUGAGCCUGGGGGUACUGAGCUUGGGGGUACUGAGCCUGGGGGUGCUACGACUGGGGGUGCUGAGCCUGGGGGUGCUACGUCUGGAGCUGCUCAGCCUGGGGGUGCUGCGUUUGGAGCUUCGGAGCCUGGGGGUACUGAGUCUGGAGCUGCUGAGCCUGGGAGUGCGGAGCCGGCGGCCGCUGAGCCGGCUCGUGUGGCGUCUGGCGGUGCUGGGCGUGGUGGUUCUCCGCGUGCUUCGUCUCGGCGGGAGCCACUCUCUCCACAGGAGCUGCACGAGUGGUUUGCCCGACGCUGGAGGCGUACUGCUGGAGGUGCUGGUGCCGCCGUCGGAGCUGCUGAGGGUGUUGGCGCUGAGGCUACUGCUGUCAGUCCUAGCGGCGUUCCUGCUGCUGGUGCUGCCGGAGGUACUAGAGCUGGAGGUGUUGUUUGCACUGGUGCUGCCACUGGGGGUGCUGGUGCUGUCCCUGCUGUGUCUAGAGUCGCCGCGCGGCCUCGGCCGUACUUUGUUCCGCUCUUUCAGCAGGUUCUUGGUCUUCCUCCUCCCUUAGAGUGUCCACCGCCUGUCCAGUCGAAGUCACAGUUACCGCCGGCCUCCCCACUGCCUGCUCCUUCUCCCUACACUAGUCCUACUGGAGGUCUUGCUGAGCGUCGUGAGCCUGCGUCUCGUCCUGCGUCGCCGGUUCGUGCUGCUCGCGCUAGUGGUCGCGGUUCGCGUCAGCGUCCUCCUCCUGUCCCUGGCACGCACCGGAUGUCUCUGCGUCCGUCCACUGCUCCUCUGCGUGCCCCUUUGCCUUCUCCUCCUGAGUCCUCUCUUCCUGCGCUUGCCGACCCGGAGUCGGACUCUCUUUGUGCUGCCAGUCCUACUCUCGUCGACUUUGCUGCUCGCUGUCGUCUAGACUACGCUGCUAGUCUCGUUGCUGAGUCUGCGUCUGUCUAUCCUCCGUACGUCGGGGGUGAGUGUGCUCUUGGCACGGACGUCCUUGAGGACAGGCAGGAGGAGUUCCAGUGUCUGGCUGCUGCUUCACCUCAUCUCGUGUCCGUACUGCUUACCCCUGAGGGAGACCCGGAUGCACUUGACAUCCCGACUCUGCGCUCCUACGCGGAGGCCGUAAAGGGUCCCUACUCCUCUCUGUGGCAGGCAACUAUGGAUGCAGAGAUGGCUUCCUGGAAGUCCACAGGCACCUACGUUGACGCGGUUCCCCCACCUGGGGCAAACAUCGUUAGUGGCAUGUGGAUCUUUAGGGUGAAGCAGCCGCCGGGCUCUCCGCCUGUCUUCAAGGCGCGUUACGUGGCUCGUGGCUUCAGUCAGCGGCAGGGAGUUGACUACUUUCAGACCUUCUCUCCCACCCCGAAGAUGACCACUCUUCGGGUACUGCUGCACAUAGCCGCUCAGCGCACCUACGAGCUUCACUCUCUUGACUUGAGCACUAAUUUCUUGCAGGGCAGCCUACACGAGGAGAUCUGGCUGCGUCGCCCACCUGGCUUCACUGGGACUUUCCCUCCUGGCACCCAGUGGAGCCUCCGACGGCCAGUCUACGGUCUUCGACAGGCACCGCGCGAGUGGCACGACACACUGAGGACUACGCUUGCGGCUCUUGGGUUUGCUCCCUCUACUGCUGACCCGUCGCUGUUUCUACGCACCGACACCUCUUUGCCGCCGUUCUACAUCCUCGUGUACGUCGACGACUUGGUCUUUGCCACUGCUGACACUGCUGGACUCGCCCACGUGAAGUCCGAGCUGCAGAAGAGACACACGUGCACAGACCUGGGUGAACCGCGCAGCUAUUUUGGCUUGCAGAUCACCCGGGAUAGAGCACGCCGCACCAUUACCCUGACUCAGUCACACAUGGUGCAGCAGGUCCUUCAGCGCUUCGGCUUCACGUACUCCUCGCCUCAGGCCAUUCCUCUGCCUACUCGCCACUCGCUCUCAGCUCUGCCUUCGGAUGAGUCCGUAGAGUCGAGUGGCCCGUACCCAGAGCUUGUUGGCUGCCUCAUGUACUUGAUGACCUGCACACAACCUGACCUUGCAUACCCUCUUAGCAUUCUUGCACGCUAUGUUGCUCCUUGGAGACACAGACUAGAGCACAUGGCUGCAGCGAAGAGGAUGUUGCGCUACUUGUGCAGUACGUCGGGCAUGGGGCUAAUGCUUGGAGGGCAGAGUCCAGUGGUCCUCACUGGGCACGCGGACGCUUCUUGGGCUGACGACCAGGCUACGCAGCGGUCGUCACAGGGUUACACCUUCAGCCUUGGUUCCGGCUCUGUUUCGUGGCGGGCUACUCGCUCGUCUUCUGUUCUCGGCUCCAGUUGUGAGGCCGAGAUCUACGCCGAGGCCAUGGCUUCACAGGAGCUUCGCUGGCUCACCUACCUUCUGACCGACCUUGGAGAGCCGCCUCGUUCUCCUCCAGUCCUGUACGUAGACAACAAGGCCAUGCUGGCCUUGUGUCGAGAGCAGAGACUGAAGCACAGUUAA